CCUGGCAUACUCAAGCCGCUUGCAGCCGAUGCACACCGGCAACAGGAAAGAGGAUCCCUCUGCGGGUCAUGCGCGUCGACUGAUCGCGAAAUAUUCCGUCGUGUUGAAGAAACAACUUGACGACAUCGCCUGGCUGACUUCACUGGUGAGUGUUAGCUCGCUGUGUCGCACCUGCGUUUAACGCGUCCAGCCCAGGCCGGUCUGUUCUCCAUCGUGAUAUGUGGUACCCUCUGGAUGCCCAUGUCGAUGCUCAUGAAAGGUCCAGCCCACCAGCAGUAUGUCGACUCUUGACAACACUGCUGCCAACGCGACACUACCAGAACCUACUGCAGCCGCACUGCGUUGGAGCUGCUAUAUACUGGCCACGAACCUUGCGGUCACCUUCAGAUUAAUUGUCCUCUGCAUAGGUCUUAUAUUUCAAGUUUUCAAGGACUUCCUACGCGCUCGCACGGUCGCCAACUUGUCGCGCGGGAAUGUGGUCGCAGGCUAGGGCGACCACAUGGGUCGAACGGCUUGCGCUGAACUUCUUCUUCUUUAUCCGCUGAUGUCUCAGACUCGUUCCCACUGUCUGUUGUCGUGGCAUGACAGUUCUCUCGUCUGGGAACUCGACUACGUUUUUGGCAUCAUUGUGACAUCCUCCAUCGUGACCUUGCCAUUCCUAACUGCCAUUCAUGUGCCGUCACCUACGGUGUAAGAGCUACUUGCUGUACUAGGCCCGCUCCUUGCGGAAUUACAGAUCGAAACCUGUACCGUAUGACUCCAUUCAUGUUUCUUGUCUAAGUCGCCCCACUUUCGUUCUCGCUAUUGAGCCUGCCGCUACCACUCGUAUCAAUACAUAGACUCUCCUUCAUGCAUAUUCAAUGACACAGCAUGGCCCAGUCAC